AUGUUCUCUCGCAUUGCGCCCGCAACUAAGCGCUCUGUUCAGCAGGCCUUCAAACCUACUGUUCAGGCCCGUUUCGCCUCGACCAAGCCCCAUGUUACUGAACAACCCAAGCAAUUUGCUGCCGUUACUGCUGGUAUCGUUGGUGCUACAGGUCUUGCCUACAUGUACGCCGACAGCGAGCUCUCUGCCAACAUGGCCGAUGAAGGUCUUCAUCCCCCACACCACCCAUGGGCUCACAGUGGUCCUUUGAGCACAUACGAUCACGCUGCCAUUCGUCGUGGUUAUCAAGUUUACAGAGAAGUCUGCUCAGCAUGCCAUUCUCUUGAUCGUAUCGCAUGGAGAAACUUGAUCGGUGUCUCUCACACUGAGGAAGAAGUUAAGGCUAUGGCUGAGGAAGUUGAAUAUGAGGAUGGUCCUGAUGAGAAUGGCGAGAUGUUCAUGCGUCCUGGCAAGCCUUCUGAUUACAUGCCCCGUCCUUAUCCCAAUGAGGAAGCUGCUCGUGCAGGUAACGCUGGUUCCUUGCCUCCAGAUCUUUCUUUGAUCACCAAGGCUCGUCACGGUGGUGAGGAUUACGUCUUUGCUCUUCUCACUGGCUAUAUGGAUCCUCCUGGUGGUGUUGAGGUUCGUGAAGGCAUGAACUACAACCCUUACUUCCCUGGUGGUGCUAUUGCCAUGGCUCGUGUCUUGUUUGAUGAAGUUGUCGAAUACGAAGACGGUACUCCUGCUACCACCUCUCAGUUGGCUAAGGAUGUUUCCACUUUCCUUGCAUGGGCUGCUGAACCCGAACAUGAUGAACGCAAGAAGAUGGGUAUGAAGGCCACCAUCAUCCUCUCUGGUUUGACUCUUCUCUCCCUCUGGCUCAAGCGUUUCAAGUGGUCCCCUAUCAAGACUAGAAAGAUCGUGUACAAGUAA